GACAGCCAACACUCCUGCAGCACGAUGCGGCCAGUCUCGCCUCAUCACAAACAGAUGGCCAAUAAAAGUGGUGCUGUGUUUUGUUAGACCGUUUAGGUUUCGUUUUCGACAAGCCUCCCAACUCUGUGACUAGAAAGUGAUACUGAACAGUGUCACAAGACUUCUGACCUAAGAUGGGGGCAAUAUUCAACAUACUUGAGCGGUUCAGACUGGAAUCUUAUUAUCAUCAGUUUUUCCAGUUGGGCGUCAAGGAUGAACGAGAUUUCUUGGAUGGUGUCACAGAUGAAGACCUAAAUAACAUUGGUUUCACUCAUGUCGAGAAGAAUCGUUUUUCAGCUAUGAAGAACUUCAUUAAAAGACUCAGAGCUCCAGGGCGCCAAGUUCAAACAGUGACACCUGUGCAGAAGUCAUUAGAGCCAUUCUGUCUGCAGUACACAUACCCAAAAUGUCCUCAACCAAAACAUAUUACAGAUAUGGACCCAGCACAAAACACAGUUGAAGACCUGAUGUUGAGGAUCGGUCAUCUUGAAACUGUUGGCAAUUCUAAAGGAGUCUGCCUCUACACAAUUGAUGGGAUGCCCUUGACAGAUGAUCCCUUCUUCAACACAUGGUCUUUGAAAGACAGACAUAUCCAGACUGGAGACGUAAUUUACGCUAUAUUUACACCGAAGGAAAACCUGAAACAGGCUCCGCAGAUACCAAAACGAGAGUCUGGUGAAACCUAUGGAGACAGUGUGAUUCGAUGCCACAUCAUGCUCAAGGGAGACUUUGAGGUGACAGUGAACUUGGCAUGUGACACCAUAACCAGUCUGAGACUCAAGCUGGCAAAUGAGAGUGGAAUCCCAGCACAUGUCCUUUAUUACAAAGGUCGACAUUGUGGAGGAGACACACUGCAAGGUUGUGGCAUCUCUGAAGGGUCGACAGUUUUCUUCUCUUUGUCCACGUUUUCUGCUGAGACUUCGUACGAGGAGACAUUCUUCAUCAAUGAUGUUGUGCCUUCAGUCCAACAGUCCCAGAAAGGAAUCAGUGUGUUCUUGUCUUCACUUUAUGCCCUUCGAUGUCAUUAUAAAGGAGAGAAAGCGAAGAAACUGAUUUCUUACAUACGGAAACUGACUGGAUGUCACCCUCUCGCCCAAAGUUUGUAUCAGUUAUUCAGCAGGAAUGAAACAUUAACCAGGAAUCAGAAGAUUGCAGUUAUUGAAGGCCUUUACGUGCUCUUCAGAGAGCUUUUGCCUCAGCGUGGAAAACAAGGGGAGAAAGUCAUUGAGGACCUGGACAUCUUUGAGAAUUCACAGUACUGCUGGGCACAUCUCGUAUUAGAGGCAGAGAAACAGGAAUCAGAUCUUGAGAGCUACGCGCCAAUCACUCUUACGUCGGAAGAUGGCAGCCGUUUCUGCGAACCAGUCAGAGUACCUGGUGUACCUGGUCCCCUUGAACGAGUGUAUGUUCUCCAGAAAAUCAAAGAUGGAGAGAAAAUUCCAAACUGCAGUGAGGAGGUCUUGCGUGAAACUUCAUUACAGAGAGCCAUCGACAUUGAAAAAAUCCUGCUCAGUCUGCCACCAUCCAUCAGAACGUACCCUCUUUGGAUUCACCAUGACAAGACAACUGGUCAGAACUUUCAGAUGAAUAUGGAGAAGACUUUUGGAAGUAUGGCGGAAGAAUUAAAAUCUGCCUCCAAUCAGUACCUCAAUGUGACCCCACCUCUGCAUUUGAAGGAGCUAGGAGACCACAGAGCCAGCCUUGUGUUUCUGAGUAAAGACAACCUUGGAGUGUACUUGUAUAAAGACAAAGGAUCCCCUGAUAUGAUCAACGUACAUGAUUGUCUUGAUGGCAAAGUAAAAACUGUGGAUGUGAAUCUGUUGGCAGCCAGGACUGGUGACCACAGGGAUGACCGAACAUUUGUCACCACCAGGAGUCCUGAAGAAGCAAUUCUGGUGCUGAUAGAUACAAGCUCCUCCAUGGAAGAAGAAUGCUAUGGAAGUGCAGAGAUGAAGAAAAUCAAUGUGGUGAAAGAGCUCUUUGACAACUUUGCAACAAGGAGCAUGGCUUAUGAUUUUUAUCAUAUCAUUGGCCUUGUGAAGUUCGACUCCACGGUGAAAACUCUCCACACGUUCACUGAAAAUUUGGAAAAGUUCAAGGAACACAUACGCAACAUCGAGGCGAGUGGAUGUACUCUCCUAUACGACGCCCUUCGACGUGGGGGAGUCGAGCUGCAAAAGGUCAAGGCGAGGUUCCCGGACUGUCGACUCCGGAUCGUUUGUCUCACUGAUGGAAAUGAUUCUGGGUCAUCCGUAGAGCCAGUUGCUGUCACAGCCAAACUGAUAAAAGCUGACAUUGUUGUGGAUUCAAUUCUUCUUGGAAAUGUGGAAAACAACAUGCUGCAUGGGAUCAGCAAUGCAACAGGUGGCUGCUGUUUCAAACCACAGACAGCCAAAGAUGGUCUGAGGCUCUUUGAGAUUGAGACCGUUCUGUCUUUGGAACAGAGGACACUCAAGGAAAAACUUGACCCGUCAUCCAUCAGCGAGAAAGCUUUGACGAGGAUCUUCACUACACGUGGGUAUGAUGAAUAUCCAGAGACGUCCCUGCCAAGUCAGAUAAACAGCAAAGUGACAGUGACAGAGUGUACUCUGAAAGAGUUAAAAAAGAGGAGCGUUUUGGAGAAGGACAAGCGUAUUCUGGAGGAGCUGAGGAACCUGCAUUGUGACCCGCAUCCCUUCUUCAGGGUGUUUCCAUCAGAGGAAGACUUCUCGUUCUGGAAGAUUCUCAUGCAGGGCCCUCCUGACACGCCGUAUGAAAAAGGAGUGUUUGAGCUCUACUGCCAGUUUGGUCAUGAAUACCCAGUAAAGCCUCCACUCGUCCGCUUUGUCACACAAGUGUACCACUGCAAUGUCAACAGUGUGGGACGCAUCUGCCACAACAUAUUUGACCGUAACUACAAUGCCCACAUCACCAUGAGGGAGAUCCUCGAAGCUGUGUAUGGACUGCUCAUCAUCCCAGAGCCUGAAGAUCCACUGGACAGCAUUUUAGCCGAGGAAUUCCUGACGAGCCGUGAGAUGUACGAACGAGAGGCUGAGAAACAUACAGAGGAAACAGCAGGAAACUCACUGGAUGACAUGGAGAAAACAUUGGUAGAUACUGUGCCACAGUUUAUACCCCAACACCUGAUCUGUCCACUCACCAAGAAGAUGUUCAUCGAUCCUGUGAAAACGAUUUACGGCACCGUGUAUGAACGCAAGGCCAUUGAGGAACACUUGAAACAACACCAGUAUGAGCCACUGGCCGGCCCAGGGAACGAGCUUGACAUGAGUGACAUCACAGCAGACCAUGACAUGAAGAAAAUGGUGAUGGAUCAGCGUUCUCGUCAAAUUAGGUGAAGCUAAGGAAAACGCUGGGAAAGCGCUUAAAAAGCCUCUUCCAGCUGGUUCAUCGCGCCUUUAGAUUUCAGAAGGUCUUACUCUUUCUAUGCACUGUUAUAAUUUUGUUUUGAGCUGAAUAAACAAGUGCAGUUUUGGUUGAUGUCUUUGUCCCGACAUAACUUUUAUUUGAUAUGCAAGGACAGGCAGUUGUUGGAUUUCUCUGUUGAGACACUUGUGUUUGAGUUAAUCGUUGCUUUGAACUUUUUUGAUCAAUUUUCAUGUUGUUCUAAUUUCCUUGCUCGAUAUUUAAUCUCUUAAAUAUUUUAUUUUAAGGAAGGUUUUUCUGAUAGUAGAAGUUAAUGUAUUUUUGUCUUGCUAAUGAUUAGCAAAAAAGGGACUGAGUGAUGGGUGCAGCACUUCUACCUACUUGUCACUCAAAUGCAUAGAAACACUUUCUUUUUCUUUGAGUCAUAUAUGUUCAAGCCGAUUGAUGUUCAAUUAAAUAACUAAAUGUAUGCUGGUAUGUUCCAGCCUCAUCUAAGUGAAGGAAACAGCUAUUUAGUAUCUUUGAAGAGUAUGAAAGACAAAUACAUUUUCAGCGCCAUGAUUCUGAGGAUAAAUGGCAGAGUAAUUAAAAAUGCUGCAUGCAAUAUACAGUUUUAAAUUGCAUGUGACAGUUUAUACAGUUUGGGUAGGUUUGUAUAGACUUGUUUUGUAUGACAAUAAUAAAGGUGACUGCAAAACGGC